GUUUUUGACCCUUGUCUCUUUUUUUCUUUUAGCGAGGAGUCACUCUUCCGGGGUUUGUCUCUUACCAUCACCUCCGUUCACGAAAAAUGUUGUCCAUGGACAGAAUACGAUGCUCAUACUUCUCUCAUGAAGGCAGGGCACUAGGGCCGUGUCCAUACGGAACAUCUUGCAAGUAUGUACACCCAGACCACAACGACUGGAGCAUGGCAAAGUCAUUCUACGAGCCGGACCCUCAACCAUCUCCCCCCAAGCGACCCCGUCUGCCAGCCACAGCGGCGACCUUGAGAGAUACCGAGCUUCUCGCAAAUCCCCACUACAUUGACCUCGACCGUUCUUCACUAUGGCCCACGGACCACAAAGCUUUACCAUACAGACCUCCUGUCCCUUCGAGCGAGGACGCGUAUCUCCAGCAUAUCUCAACUCUCUUCGUGCAGGGUAUCCUUCGGCAGCAGGCGAUCCAUGAGUGCACUGCACGGCGUCGAGAAAUACAACAAGUAUCUGCGGCGUUUCCAAAUCGUAACCAGACCAGUGAUAUUCAAGUUCUAGAGAGAUACAAGGAUCUCGAUUCUCUUGAGAGAAAGCUUGGGGGUCUGAUGACUGAGACGUUAGGCGACCUUGGCGAACUUAUGGAACCGGCAACCCUCCAAAUAAUGGAGGCCUAUGUUGACGAAUUGUGUAAGUGGGUGAAGGACUCGCGAGGUCAGGUUGAAGAUGUGGUCAAAUAUCUCAAAGGAAACAGCGAUAAGAUCCGGAUACGCGAGCGGAAAGUCAAGGACACCAGCCCCCAAGUGAUGAACAAUUUGAAGACAUUUCUGCAGACCCGAAUUGCUAGAGUUGAAGGCCAGAUCAUUUGUAGGACCGCCGAGAUAGUGUGUAGGCUCCUCCUGUUAUCUCGAAACUGCUAAUUGAAUUUAAUGUGUAGGCGAAGCAUGAACCCGCAAAAGUCGAGAGGCAGAGUCAGUGCGAGGAAGC